GAACCGGGGCCUUCUCGCUGUGAGGCAAGAGCGCUAACCACUGCGCCACCGUGCAGCCCUAAAAUAGUUUUGUUACAUUUAAUUAUUUUUUUUACUUUCACUUUGUUCAAAAUGUCCCUUCUUACAUAAACUCAAUUAAAAUUUUAACGUUUUUUAAAACCCUGUAGAGAUGCAAAUGUGUGGAUAUUCAUAUUAUUUUCUAACAUUUAUUUUAAAUUAAGGGAUAAUGAGUUAGAUAUAUAUUUAUAUAGGUAAGCUUGUUUAAAAAUGUGUUUCAUUGCCAACUGUGAUGUAAUGCUUAUUUCCACCACUGUGUGGCGCUAAUUUUGAGGUCAGUUACGUCAAUACGUUGAAUUUAUUUUUUAAUAUAUAAAUAUUAUCGGGAAAACAUGUCAUAAGUAAAAAAAAAAAACUAUCAGAUUUUAUUUAUUCCGCUUUUGUUUUGUCUCAGCUCAGACAACAGAGUGUCUGUUAAAUAUUUAAUUAUUUUUAUCGUUUAAUGUGGUGAUAGACAACAAUAGAUGUAUCUGUUGUUGAUUGAGAAAUUAAAGUUUUUUUUAUGCCAAAUCGUAAAAAAAUAAAAAAAAUUAAAAAGUUUUUUCUGCGCUUUAAGAAAUAAAUAAUAAGUUCUGUGUCGCAGAAAACAAACUUGACACUUUUUAAACGAUUUAUUUUCUUUUUAAUCUUUUUUUUCAGUUGUGCAAAAGUUUUGUUUUGUUGUCAUGAAGUUUCCGGUAUAAAUCUGAAAGGGAAAGUUUGGUAAACCCUCCUCACUGUCCUGGAUGAAGCCGCGCCUUCUCCACUCAUUGCGCUCUUGGCUCACAAGUGCGCUUUUACGCACAGCUGCAGCAUGACUCCACGUCGGCGCCCCGGCGCCCUGGGCGCUUUGCUCUGUCUCCUUCUCCGCCUGGACUCGUGGCGCGGAGCGUCCAGCUUCGAGCUGACUCUGCUCCACACCAACGACGUCCACGCUCGCAUCGAGGAGACCAGCGAGGACUCGUCCAAAUGCCACGAAGGCGCGGACUCGUGCUUCGCGGGGGUCGCCAGGAUGUUCACCAAAGUGACGGAGAUCCGGAGAAAGGAGACGCACGUGUUGUUUCUGGACGCAGGAGAUCAAUUUCAGGGGACGGUGUGGUUCAACUACUACAAAGGCAAAGAAGCGGCGCAUUUCAUGAACAAACUUGGCUAUGACGUCAUGACUUUUGGAAACCACGAGUUUGACAAUGGAGUGGACAGUCUGACCCAAAACUUCCUCCAGCGCGUAAACUUCUCCAUGGUGUGUGCCACCAUCAAACCGCUCCACAGUCUGGUUACCAACAUGAGCCGCUACUACAGACCGUACGCUGUUUUUACUGUGGGCACAGAGAAAGUAGCUGUGGUUGGUUACACCACCAAAGAAACCCCUUUCUUAUCUGCUCCGGGCCCUUAUCUGGAGUUUGAGGAUGAGGUAGAAGCCCUCCAGAACCAGGUCGACGAACUAGAGAGGCUGGGUGUGAAUAAGAUCAUCGCUCUGGGACAUUCCGGCUUCGAAGUGGACAAAGACAUCGCCAAGCGUGUGAGAGGAGUUGAUGUAGUGAUCGGAGGACACACCAACACCUUCCUGUACACAGGAAAGCCCCCUUCUACCGAAGUACCGAGAGGUCCUUAUCCUUUCUCUGUGAGCUCCGACGAUGGGAGAACUGUGCCGGUGGUCCAAGCGUUCGCCUUCGGGAAAUAUCUCGGCUACCUGAAGGUGACGUUCGACGAUGCUGGGAAUGUUAUAAAAGCUGUUGGAAACCCGAUCCUGAUGAACAGCAGCAUCGCUCAAGAUCCAGGGAUCUUGUCGGAGGUUGAGAAGUGGAAGAAGGGCUUGGAGCAGUUCUCUUCCCAGUACAUCGGACAAACUUUAGUCUACCUGAAUGGAACGUUUGAAGAGUGUCGAUUCAGGGAGUGUAACCUGGGAAACCUCAUCUGUGAUGCAAUGAUAUACAACUAUAUCAGGUAUUCCAGCGACCUGCAGUGGAAUCACGUGGGUGCUUGUAUGCUGAACAGUGGAACCAUACGGGCAACAAUCGACGAACGCAGAAAAAAUGGCUCCAUCACGAUGGAAGAGAUUCUCAGUGUCAUGCCGUUUGGAGGAACUUUUGACUUGGUCCAGCUGAAGGGAUCCACAGUGAAAAAGGCUUUUGAGCAUUCUGUUCACAGAUACGGGGGAAUGUCUGGAGAAUUUCUUCAAGUGUCAGGUAUCCGUGUGGAGUACGACCUCUCCAAACCUGUGAACCAGCGCGUUGUGUCGCUGUCAGUGCUUUGCACAGAAUGCCGCGUUCCCAAGUUUGAACCGCUGGACCCCCAAAAGACGUACACCGUGGUCAUGAACUCAUUCAUGGUGGGUGGAGGCGACGGCUACAGCGUGAUCCAAGAUGAAUUAUUGAAGCAUAACUCAGGUAAUUUGGACAUCACAGUUUUGGCCGAGUACAUCAAGGCCAUGGGACGCGUGUACCCCGCAGUAGAAGGCCGCAUCACCUUCAGGAACUCUGCAGCUUUUGCAGCUCCCAGUUUGGGCCUGAUGCUGCUGAGUUUUUGUCUUUUACUGAACCUCUGGAUCUGAUGCAGAACUUUUCUGGUCAAUGAAGGAGCUUGAUGGGUCAAUCAAGACGUAAACUACAGGUUUGCCUUCAGACUGACUCCAAAAUAAUAAUAAUAAUAAUAAAAAGAAUACAUAGAGAAUAUGGCAAAAAAACUUGAAAGGGCGUCACUUGGUUUUAAACUCGUCCACCUGAGGCAGCAGCACUCCACCCACCGAGAGAGAGCAAACUACCUAUAUAGAUAUGGGAAAAAAAUAAGUGUCUUUAAAGUCAGACAUUACUACCGCUCAAUGAUGUCAUCAAUAGUCGCCAGUCACCUACGUUAGCUGCCAGCCAAGGAAAAUAGAAGUGGCAGCGCAACGGCCGAGAUGUGGCCGCGGAAUCGACAAAAUUCAUAUAUAUAAUCCCACACGGAAAUAAUUUUUGAACUAAACAAACGGCUGAAGCACCGCCGUUUCCCUGCUGCUUACAGCGUCUAUUUAGCGGUUGAUCAAGGGAGGAUGCGUUUACACGUGAUUGAGGAGUGCUCUGGCAGUGGCGUGGACUCCGGCGUCUGUAUCACUGCGAUUCCACGAGCAUGCAUAACGUUGGCGUGUCUAAGUGUGUGUAGCAGAUUUUCCAACUUUUUAUGGCCGUCAAAUCCUGUGGGACCAGGCCUUCAAGGUGUCCUCUAAUUCUUGCAACUAUUACUAACGGUAUUUUUCUAUUGUUGACAACCAUAAUCUAAUGAGCUUUGGUUGUUUUUCCUCCCUGAACUAAAAUCACAAAAGAAAUGAUGGAUGGCUCAGCUGGUUGGGUGAAACUAACGGUUACUAAAAGCAGUUACUUUCUUGAAAAACUUGUUUAUGUGGAUGUUGUCUGACUUGUCUUGCUGUUUGUCUGUUGGUGUACAUGACUGACAUAUAACAAAAUGAAGAAAUUGUGGAGUGGAUUUUCAGUAAUGAGGGUGUUCCCUGUGAACAACUGUAACGGAUCGGAUAACUCACGCUACCAACAGAUUUAUCACCAUGUGAUGACAGCCAUGUAUUAUUAUUCAUUUACACUCAUAUUUCUGCUCCAGUCCCCUAAAAUAAGCCUAAUGACAUUUCAUAAAAAUAGACCCGCUUUUAUCAACCGGCAAAGGGAAAAGUUUGAUGAAAUAUUGAGUUAAAAUUAAAACUUUAUAACUACACUUUGGGUUUAAUAAAGCUUUCAACUGUAUAAGGUCAUAAAAACACAGUUUUCUGAUUCUUAAACUAAUUAGACUAAAUUAAUGGUUCAUUAAAAAAAAAAAAAAAGUUUCUAAUUCAGUGACAGAUGGGAACAAAAAUAGGAGCACAUUCCUGUUGUUCCACAUCGCCCGGGGGACCGUGUGCUGCACAGGCUUGUUUAAAACUGUUUGUUGCUCUUUCUUUAGGAAGUUAAACUUUUAGCUGAAGCAGAGAAUUAAGGACAGAAACCAGCUUCCCUGAAACAGUAGAAUUAGACAUCAGUGAAGUUGAGUCAUGGCAUCUGGACUUGAAAUCUCCACUCCAAGUGGCCUCUUGGUUGCAACAAUCUAAGUAUCUGCAUACUAUGAUAGUGCCACCACUGUGCUUUACAAUAGCCUAAUGUGUAUUUUGUACAGCUUAUUCUUCAUCUGUCUUUAAUUUGGAUGCAAAAGUUGCAAGAAAAUGUUAAUAUUUUUUUAUAUUUACUCAAAAAUAUGUUUUUAAAAUACUUUUUUUAGGCCUGACAGCAGUAAAAAAUAAAAACUGCAUCAAACCUUACUUGGAUGAGUUAUAAUGUUUUACCGCUCAGCCAAGUGCCUUUCAAACUACUUGGAUGAGUGGUAAUGAAAUGUUUAAAAUAAGAUUUUAAGACCAGAUGGAAUAUUCUACUACCAAAGUGGCUACACACCAUGAUAGUGCCACCUCUGUGCUUUACUACAGGUUAAUGUGUAGUUUGUAUAGCCUAAUUUGAAUGCAAAAGUUGCAAGUAUGUUUUAAAUAUUUUCAUAUUUACUCAGAAAUAUGUUUUAAAAAGUACAUUUGUUUUGAGAUCUGAAAGCUGUAUAAAACUUUAUGUAAAAACAUAUUAAAAAAAGACAUUGUGUAAA